UUCCCGACAUGCGCUGCGGCCCGGUAGCCAGACCCGGAAGUUCCGGGCUGAGUUCCUGCUGCCAACAAGUCGUUAGGUGUGCACAGAAACCGGAGAGAUGGCGAUGACCCUUCCAGCGCUGUGCCUCUUCGAUGUGGAUGGGACGCUGACGGCCCCGCGGCAGAAAAUUACCAAAGAAAUGGAUGACUUCCUACAAAAAUUGAAGCAGAAAACCAAAAUUGGAGUGGUAGGCGGGUCGGACUUUGAGAAAGUACAGGAACAACUGGGAAAUGACGUGGUGGAGAAAUAUGAUUAUGUGUUUCCAGAAAAUGGCUUGGUAGCAUACAAAGAUGGGAAACUCUUAUGUAAACAGAAUAUUCAAGGUCACCUGGGUGAGGCCCUAAUUCAAGAUUUAAUCAACUACUGUCUAAGCUACAUUGCAAAAAUUAAACUGCCAAAGAAAAGAGGCACUUUCAUUGAAUUCCGGAAUGGGAUGUUGAAUGUGUCCCCUAUUGGAAGAAGCUGCAGCCAAGAAGAACGCAUUGAGUUCUACGAACUCGAUAAAACAGUGGCAAUCACUGUCUUUUGUUUUUCUCAGAAAGAAAAUAUAAGACAAAAAUUUGUAGCUGAUCUGCAGAAGGAGUUUGCAGGAAGAGGCCUCACGUUUUCCAUAGGAGGCCAAAUCAGCUUUGAUGUCUUUCCUGAUGGAUGGGACAAGAGGUAUUGCCUGAGACAUGUGGAAAAUGAUGGUUAUAAGACUAUUUACUUCUUCGGAGACAAAACUAUGCCAGGUGGCAAUGACUACGAGAUUUUCACAGACCCUCGAACUGUGAGCUACACCGUGACAGCGCCCGAGGACACACGCAGGAUCUGUGAAGAGCUCUUCUCUUAACACAGAAGAGGAGGGGUCCUGGCCAAAGAGCCUGAAAGGUCACUGGGGUGCAGAGCCAUGGCCCCUCAAGUUCGUGCACACUACACGCACCUCCCUCCCCCAGCCUGCUCUACGGCAGCUGCUGGGCCAGAAAAUCACCCCACACUCCCACCAGCUCAUGCCUCUACCUCCACUGCCAAAGCAGCCAGAAGGGAGAGGAAAAGACUUGUCAAUGCUCUGGGCUGGAGGAGUAGCUCAACAUUAAAGUGCUUGUCUGGGCCGGGGAUUUAGCUCAGUGGUGCCGCCGCCUGCCUUGCAGGCCCAAGGUCCUGAGUUCCAUCCCCAGUACUGAAGAAGGGGUGGGGGGCUUGUCUGGUGUGAGGAGGCCCUGGGUUCUCAAAAACAAAAGAAACAGCUUGAGGAACACGGCCAACAAACGACUCUGUCCAGUCUGAGAUCUGCCUGAUGCCCACACUCACAAGUAGAUGUGGCUUUUUUGAAACUGCCGUCAUUCUAGAAUACAGACGUGCCUUGGCCUCCCUCUCUGUGGGUCUUGUGAAAACUUAACGGCUGUUAAUGUCCAGAUCUCCAUGUUGUCGACACCACAGGAGAAUUUGAUGUUGAAAGAGAACACAGGCCAUCUGCAGGGACCAGACACCAGAGAGAACAUGCAGUCCCACCCCCACUCCGAGUCUGAAUGGAAGCCGGGGCUGUGAGCUCGAGUGACUAGACACAGUUUCCCAGCCACUUCCUGUUUGUGAGCCAGACCUCAGCACAGCCUGCCAGACAGAUGGCCAGCCAGGUGACAGCUGACCCCGUGGAGUUUGCACCUUGGCUGGUGUAGCGCUCAGGCCAGCUCUGUCGUCGCCACAGUGAACAGCCUGGCUCCAUUCCUGUAGCCACCAAGCCUGCAGGACAGAGGACCCAUCAGCUCUUCCCAUGGGGGCCCGAUGUCACCUGGGUCCACAGCAGCUCACUUGGCAGGUUAGGGGUCACCAGGAGACCAUCUGGACAGGGCCUGGCUCCUCAGGCAAUGGUUAUAGGAGCAGGAGCCGCAUCCUAGGGCGUCUGCUUCUGCCCAGAGCCUUGUUCAGACCUUGAGUUGAGGGGUAGCAGCUACUACUGCCCUCUACCUCCCCUCUGUCCUCUUCUGGGACCUGGCUGGGAGAUUCCCAGGAACGGUUCCCAGCCACUUGGCAGCAUCUAGAAUCACUGGGACCCACAACCCCUCCAGGCAGGUUGGUGCUGGGGCCCAGGGACACCAGGUGCUCCCCACAGAUAAGCCUACCCUCCUGCCCCUGCCACUCAGCUGACGGGGGUUAGCACCAAUUAAGGUGAAAGCCCAGAGUGACCCACACCUGUCCCUCUCCCCCUCCAGCCCACACGGGUGGGGAUCUCAGUGUUUCUGAGAGCUGGCCACCCUGUGGCCUUGUUGAGUUUUGUAAAUGGUACUGUAACAAAGCACAGCACAUUAAAGCAACUUCACUGUU